GAAGUAUCCAAAAAUGGCGUCGGCGAGCACCUGGAUGUUAUCGUUAAAGGUAUUGUUCAUUUCCAUCGGUGUAUUGACCAUAACUUUAGGGCUUAAAGUCUCUGUUCCAUUGGUAUUGGAAUUCUCCGUUUCUCAAGCUCCGUUAUUGUGGAGCGCGUUCCGUUCUUGGCUCAAGCCGCCGUAUCUUUACGUCAUCAUCAACGGAAUCAUAAUCACAAUUGCAGCAUCUUCGCGGUUUCAUCAAAACAACGGCGAGAGUGAACAGACCGAGGAGAUGCAGCAGCAACGGAGAUCGAAGAUCUCUGUGGAUCAACCGCCAGCGGUGGAGCACGAGAUGAAGAGCGGCUUGGAUUUUGGCGUAGAUGAACCGGUUGCGUACGAGCUGAAGGAGAGAGUACAAGAGGUGGAAACGACGGUUUUUGAGGCGGAGACCAAUGUAGCGGUUAGUGACGAGUUUGCUAUCUUGAAAUCGGAGUGGAUUCCACCGAGGAGAAUGGAUUCGUCAGAAAUUCCAUCGGAUGCUCUGUUUCUGAUAGAGAAACCACCGGCUUCCUCUAGAUUCGGUCACCGGAAACCCGUCAAAGCCAGUCCUGAUGGUGACCGAGCAUUAAGGGUGGCGAAACCCAAACGCCACGAGACGCUGGAGAACACGUGGAAGAUGAUAACGGAAGGGAAAUCAAUGCCGUUGACGAGGCAUUUGAAGAAAUCGGACACGUGGGAGAAUCACGGCCGUGAUAUCAACGUCGAGGCAUUGUCCGAUUCGACGGCGGCGAUGAAGAAGUUGGCGACCUUCAGGGACCGGACCAAUUACCAGCCUCCAACUGAACUGGUGAGCUAUCCUUCUCCGGUGAAGCUGAGGAAAGAACCGUGGCUGAGUCAGGAUGAGUUGAACCGUCGAGUGGAAGCGUUCAUAAAGAAGUUCAAUGAUGAAAUGAGAUUGCAGAGACAAGAGUCGCUUAAUCAGUACAUGGAAAUGGUCAACCGUGGAUGUUAGCCACUAAUUAUCAUUAAUUAACUGUAGUUUAAAAUUUAAAUCAUGUUUUUUUAAAGAAGACAAAAUAUGUUCAUUAAUUUUUGGAAAUAUGUUUCCUCCAU